AUGCAGGCGGUGAGAGGGGCCAGCGUCGCGCUCCUGCACCUGACGCGACGCGCCACAGGCCGCGCGGACGAGCUCGCGGCGGACACGGAGGACCACGACGCGCGCUUGUCUGCGGUGCGGGAGUCGCUCGCGGAGCUCACGUCGACCCUCGCCGAACCGAGCGCCCUCUUCCCGCCGGGAACCGACGGAUUUUCGCCCGACCCAAUUGCGCGAGCCCAGGACUACUUCCAGCGGGUGAGCGCGCUGGCGGAGAAGCACUGCGAGGCGCUGCGCAUGAUCGACGACGACGCCCCGAAGCCGGUCGCGCUGCACGUCGGCAGCCGCGGCGGGUGCGGAACGGUGGCACUGGCUGCUGCGUUCCCGAAGGUCACGGGGAUCGACGCGGAGGAGGCGGCGGUGGACGUGGCAUGUCGCGUGACGGUGAUGGGGAAGGUCACGGCUCUGGGGCCCGGGGGGAGUCCGACGACGGUGGCGUACCCGCAGCACAUCGACCGGGAUCGAGUGGAGUACCUGGUCGCGGACGAGCGCUGGAUUCCGUGGGAUGUGGGGACCGCUGACGCGGUGGUGACGACCGGCGCGCUGGACCGCUCGAAGAAUCCGACGCACCUGCUGUCGCGGCUCCCGACGCUCGUGAAACCCGGGGGGGUGAUUGUCGUGUCAGAGUUGUACGGGUGGAGUCCUGUCAAGGUCUCCAUGAUGCAGGCGCUGGCGGAGGGCGCGGCGGCCGAGGGCGGGCGGGCCGCGGCGGCGAACGGGAAGCACGGUGUCGUGCGGUCCGAGCCCGCCGACCCGUCCUGGCGGGCCCUGAAGGAGUACUUCACCACCAAGGGACUGCAUAUGGUGUGCUGCGAGUGGCAGCCGCGGCUGAGCAUGCCCGAGGGGAGUCUGGCGGGGCGGCGGCUGCACAUUGACACCAUGCACACCUCUGUCUGGCGCCCCGCCGCGCCCGGGGAGGAAGAGCCGGAGGGCUGGGUCGCGGACGCGUGA